AUGAGUCUCUUGAUCGAGAAACACGUCAAAAACUUCCGAUUGUGUCUCCAUUCGCUUCCUGCUAGGGCUCAAGGCGAAGAUGCAAACAAGCUUGCCAUUGUAUACUUUGUUCUCCACGGCCUAGGCUUGCUAGACCAGAUCCAUGUCUCGCCAGAUUCCAAACUACACAUUGACUAUAUUUACUCUCAUUUGAUCAACACAAAAGAUACGAACAUUCAGGCGUUCAGGUCAAGUCAGACAUUCAAACUUCAAGAUGAGCAUAACGAUUACGAUCUCCCCAACCUUUCUGCGACGCUCUUUGCAUUGGCAUCUCUUUUGAUCUUGAAAGACGACUAUUCGCAGCGACUCGACCGUCACAAGAUCAUGGCGUUCGUGGCGCGGUGCCAGGUGAAAUCAGGUCCAUUAAAAGGCUCGUUUGUUCCUGUUUUGGACGUGAACGGAGAGCCAUGGGGCGAGUCUGACUUGCGGCUAUGUUAUAUAGCCGCUUCCAUACGCAAAAUGGUUGGAUACGACAGGUUAACUGAGAGUGAAAGGGUUUCGGACAUUGAUGUGGAUACCAUGACGCAGUUCAUUCUCGAUAAGUUCAAUUUCAACGGUGGAAUUGCCUCUACUUCAUUCACAGAAUCUCAUAGUGGCCUCACCUUCUGCGGGUUGGCUGCGUUGAAACUAACAGGCUUUGAUUUGGACACCAAAAAUGACUUUGUGGCGCUCACACAGAACUGGUUGGUCCACCGACAAGUUGACUACCCGGUUGAACUAUACGGGGAAGAGCCAGAUUACGAAUAUUAUGAGGAAAGGGACAUCGGAGGGUUCAACGGACGAGAAAAUAAGUUUGCGGAUACCUGUUACUCGUGGUGGGUGAUGUCGCUGUUAGAAAUGUUAGGAGAAGGAGGAUUGAAGCUCAUCGACGGAGAAAGGGCCCUCACUUACCUCCUUGAAGGUACACAACAUAAAUUGAUGGGAGGUUUCGGCAAAGAUACGGAAAGCAUGCCCGAUCCAUUCCAUUCGUUUCUUGGGCUUGCUAGUGUUUCGCUUUUGAAAGCUUCUGGAUUGGAGUUUGAUGGAAUGGAGACCUUGCAAGAAAUCGACACGGAGUUGGUAAUUACGAAGAAGCUGCGAGAGUUUAUGGAUGCUAUGUGGCAGUAG